AUGGUGCGUGUAGAGCUGGAGUGGGACAUCCCCAUGUCGGUGACACUGCCCGUCCAGAUGGAGCCAGACCCGGCACACCAACCAUUCCCCUUCCUGGACACGACACUGGCCGACCUGGGCAUCCAAGAGUCAGAGGUGAAGGAGAGGGUGGUGUGGGUGGACACCAAGAAGACCCAGGUUAAGAACAAAGCAGGGAAGCUGAAGGAGAAGGAGAUCACCAUCCUGGAGGUGAGAGUGAAAGCCCAGAAGCCUGGAGACAAACAGCUCCAGGAGGUCCUGUACAGCACUGAGGCCCACACCGACCGCUCCUUCUGUCGCACAGGAAUGGACAUCCUGCCCUGGAAACACAGAUGCACAGGGGAGGACGGACUGACACCGGUGCAGAUGACUAUGGCCUUGGACGUGGAAAACAAGCAGCCUGACUCUACUGAUGACCAGGAACACCGGGAGAUCUGA